AUGUCGACCAGUACUAUUCCGAUACCUCGCGACCCAACCGAUGACGAAGCUCUUGCCCUGUUCAAGGCCAUAGAGGAGAAGUUCCCAUCGCAGUCACUUGGAGAUGACAAGUGGUAUGUCCUUCUGCUCGCGGCAAUGGUAGGCGGCGGGCAGCCGGGCUUCGCGCCUCUGCUCUACAAGGAACUCAUCAAGCGACCCGAAUGCCAAACACCCGAACAGCGUCAGGCGUUGAUGCGGAGGAUACGAGAAACACUAUUCAAGCUCAUCGUCAUUGUGGGCGUGUGCAAGCCGCUGGAAGCCAUCUUCGAUAUCGAUGCCAUUACGAGGCCAGAGGACAAGGAUUAUACAUUCUCUAGAGAGGGAUGGCAGUGUGACGAAGCCAACUCAAAACGUGGUGCAGCAUGGCAAGGUCGCUUAUACCAACACAACCAGGAGGGCAUCGACAACGUGUUGGCAUCACAAAAGGAUUUCGGCAUGUAG